UUUGUUCAGUUUGGUAUGAAGCUUGGAGUCAUACUGAGUGUUGAACUGGUUUACGGCAAAAAGUCGGCAAGUUUUUGUGUAAGUUUGUUUCAAAGCUAACUAGCUGGUUACGGACCGUUUUUCUCCUCUGUGGCUAUGUAAAGAAGAAGUGGCGAGGAACACAGCAUGCUAACUCCAACAGACAUUAUGCUAACAAGGUGAAACCUGGGUUGUCAAACAUGGACGAUAAUGACGACGAGGAGGGUGAUAAAGACGGCUGUCGGACCCAGCUUCAGUUACACUAUGUCGGAUGCCGAGUGGGAGGACAUGUUGGAAGGAUUUGAUGAGCGGAGUUACCUGAACGCCCGACGCUGGAAACCCGGAGACGACCCAUACACGCUGUAUGCCUUCAACCAGAGAGAGAGCGAGCGCAUCCCCAGCAACCGCGCCCUGCGAGACACACGACACUACAGGUGCACCACUCUUCAUUACGACUCUGAUCUUCCUCCAACUUCCAUCAUCAUCACCUUCCACAAUGAGGCCAGAUCCACCCUGCUGCGCACCAUCAGGAGCGUUUUGAACAGAACUCCGGUUCAUCUCAUCCAUGAGAUCAUUCUGGUGGACGACUUCAGCGACGACGAAAGCGACUGCCAGCUUCUCAUCAAACUGCCCAAAGUCAAAUGUCUGCGCAACAACAAGAGAGAAGGUCUGAUCCGGUCUAGAGUGCGGGGAGCCGAUGCAUCAAGGGCUGGAGUCCUUACCUUCCUGGAUAGUCACUGUGAGGUGAACAAAGAUUGGCUGCCCCCCCUGCUGCAGAGGGUCAAACAGGAUCCAACCCGCGUGGUCAGCCCGGUCAUUGACAUCAUCAACAUGGACACUUUCGCCUACGUGGCGGCAUCCGCUGAUCUCCGUGGAGGUUUUGACUGGAGUCUCCAUUUCAAGUGGGAGCAGCUGGCGCCGGAGGAGAGAGCUCGACGGACCGACCCAACCCAGCCCAUCAAGACUCCCAUCAUUGCAGGCGGGCUCUUUGUGAUUGACAAAUCAUGGUUCAAUCACCUGGGCAAAUACGACACAGCCAUGGACAUCUGGGGCGGUGAAAACUUUGAGAUCUCGUUCCGGGUGUGGCAGUGUGGAGGGAGUCUGGAGAUCCUGCCCUGCAGCAGAGUGGGGCACGUCUUCAGGAAGAAACAUCCAUACAUCUUUCCUGAGGGAAACGCUAACACAUAUAUCAAAAACACACGGCGGACAGCCGAGGUGUGGAUGGACGACUUCCGUCUCUUUUAUUACUCUGCUCGUCCUGCAGCACGAGGAAAAUCCUACGGAGAUAUCCGUGGCAGAGUGGAACUCCGCAAGAAGCUCAAGUGCAAAUCCUUCAAGUGGUACUUGGACAAUGUCUACCCCGAGCUCAAGGUUCCAGAUGACUCUGAUUCUCAGUCCGGGGUGAUCAAACAGCGGCAGAACUGCCUGGAGUCCCGUAGAGUGGAGGGCCAGGAGCUGCCCGUCCUUACACUGGCCCCUUGCAUAGGAAAAGAGGGGGUCCCCGCCAUCAACCAGGAGUGGGUGUACACGCACGGACAGCAGAUCCGACAGCAGCAGCACUGCCUGUCUCUGUCCACAACCUUCCCUGCCUCCCAGGUCCUGCUGCUGCCCUGCAACAUGGCCGACGGCAAGCAGCGGUGGCAGAAGUCAGGGACUCACCUGGAGCAUCUGGUCUCUAGGUUCUGUCUGGACUCUGAGAUGGCUCUGGAUGGGAUGGACUCCUCUCGGAUGCUGGUCAUCAGUCCCUGUGAACUGAGCGCUUACACACAAAGAUGGGAGGUCCCGUUCUCCUGACCCAGAACCCCAGAAAGCUCAAGGUCAGAGAAACUCUGCUCACAGACCUUCCAUCAUGUUGACAGGACACUGACGGACAAACUACAGCUGCUGUGGACGUCAAACCUGUGACCCUGCAGUGGUGUCAGUCCUCUUCGGUUUUUCAUUUCAGAUUCCAGCAGAGUCAAACACAACUCAACUUAA